UAGAGUUGGUCAUUUUGCCAUUAUCAUGCACUUUGGAACUUGAAUGUUCAGAGCCAAGCCUGCAGAACCAAUCAGACUUUAAUAUCCGAUCGUAAAUGAACUGGACUGAAUGUUGCUCUGAAUUGCUCCGAGUCGUUGAUGGGUCUCAACAGUAUCGUAAUGCGGUUAUAAAUGCCAAGUACAGGAGUUCCAUUGAUAACCUCCUUCAUGUUAUCUACAGUUCUCUAUUGGACACGCAUGGAGGAGGGAGGUGUGAUACAGAAGAGAAGAAGGACUUUAUAUGAGGCUGUAUCUGGUUUCGGUGAAAGCCUGUAGAUUUCCUGUAUAGGCCUGAGCUGCAGAGUAUUCAACAAACAAGUGGAGGACGUGAAGACCUGUAAAGGUAAAAUGUCCAGAGUAAAUAAUGCCUUUCAACUUACCACCGCUGAAGACACCGAGAGGGUUUGUCCUGGUCAUGAUGUCAACCUCCACUGUCACCUCUCCCCCAAAACCAGUGCGGUUGUCAUGACGAUCAGGUGGUUUAAGGGGACAGAGUGCAUUUACCUGUAUAAGAAUGGCCAGGUGACAGAGAGCGUUGGCUACGAGGGCAGAGUCAGUCUGAUCACGCCGGAGCUGGAGAGAGGCAACGUGUCCCUGAGGCUGAGAGACUUCAGGAGGUCAGACGUAGGACGGUACAGAUGUCAGGUCGUCCAUGGAGAACAGAAGGAGGAGGCUGCAGUUGGUUUAGAGGCUGCUAGUGGAUCACGAUUGGACUUUGCUAGGUUAUAUGGAGCGGCUUUAGGACAGGUCUCUGAAGUGGCCCAGCCAGAGCCCGGACUUGAACCCGAUUCAACAUCUCUGCAGGGACCUGAAAAUAGCUGUGCCACGACGCUCCCCAUCCAACCUGACAGAGCUUGAGAGGAUCUGCAGAGA